GCGGCUGGAGAGCGCAGAGCGCCCCGGCUCCUGGGCGCACGGAGGGUGGCGAGCAGGGGGAGACCGAGCCCGCUACAGACCCGGCGAGCAUGGCUCAGCAGAGAUGAGCGGCCAACAGGACGGGAUCAGCCUGUGCGAGAAAGCUCUGCACAUCGUGACCGAGCUCUGCUUCAGGGGGCUGGUGGAGCAGAAGAAAUGUUACGAAUUCAUCUUCAGCGGAGAGCGCAGGAAGAGCGGAAUCAGCGGAGCAGACAUUUCGGUCAGUCUGCUUGCUGUAGUCGUCUGUUUCUGUGGGCUUGCCCUGUUGGUAGUGUCUCUGUUUGUGUUUUGGAAGCUUUGCUGGCCGUACUGGAGGAAUAAAGAUCUCACCUCUAACGCAAGUAAUGUCCCUCAGCAAACAUCAAGCGACGUACCGGAGGCUGUGGAAACUCCAGAGAAAAAGGAGAUUAAGGAAAUUAAAGAGAACGGGAAGAAUUCAGUCACGCUACUGGCGACCGCCAUGAAGAUCAGCCAGACCUCUCCCGAUAUACCUGCUGAGGUCCAAGCAGCUCUCAAGGAGCAUCUCCUCAAACACACACGUGUGCAACGUCAGACCACUGAACCAACAACCUCCUCCAGGCAUAAUUCCUUCAAAAGGCACUUACCAAGACAAAUGCAUGUUUCAAGUGUUGAUUUCAGUAUGGAUAGCUUGCAGAGAGGAGAGACAACCACCAGUAUUGGACGCAUUAAACCGGAGCUCUAUAAACAGAAGUCUGUCGACUCUCAGGAUGGUGAGCAAGAGGAUGUGAAAACGAGUGGAAAAUUGAACCUUACCCUUAAGUACGAUUACGAGAAUCAGCAUUUGAUCGUAACCAUUCUGAAAUGCUUGGACUUGCCAGCAAAAGACUUUUCCGGAACCUCAGACCCUUAUGUUAAAAUUUACCUGCUUCCAGAUCGGAAAAAGAAAUUCCAGACUCGAGUUCACAGAAAGACACUCAAUCCCAUCUUUAAUGAAACCUUUCAGUUCCCAGUGCCCCUGGACCAGCUCAGCAACAGGAAGCUGCAUUUCAGCGUUUAUGACUUUGACCGAUUUUCGAGACACGACAUGAUUGGGGAGGUAAUUGUGGAUAACCUGUUCGAGUUGCUGGAACCUCCGAAGGAAGACACCAUCUGGAGGGACAUCAUCUGUGUCAAGACUGAAAGCGUGGAUUUAGGGGAGAUUAUGUUUUCUCUUUGCUACCUUCCAACAGCUGGUCGAAUGACACUGACCGUCAUCAAAUGCAGGAAUCUUAAAGCCAUGGACAUCACAGGAUUCUCUGAUAUUCGGAGUCUGGGCAUAAGCUGGGUGACUAUGCGGAAGGAGAAACAAGUAAAACUGGCGGCUGUCAGGCCAGCACCAGGUCGAGCGACCAGCUUUGACAGCCAAGGAUCCUGCCCAUCUCCAAAACUGCCACCCACACCGUAGAAAUGCUGCUUGUCCAAGGCGAAUAUCUCUGGAUUGUUGCUGGAGGGCAUCUGGAAUUGUCUGUCUUAUUGAUAGUGUAAUUGAAGCCCACAACACUGUCAAAUGAUUGCACAGAGCUGAUGGUCCACAUACUCUGCAAAGAGCUACAAGUGAUCACUAUCAUGUGAAAGUGUCAGUGAUGGAGAUUACCCUUUGCUGAAAAUCCUUUGAUUAGGAAACUGGGAAUACAAGGAGACCAUUCAACCCCCCUAGCCUGUCUCGCUCAUUCAGUUUGAUAGUGGUUUACCUGUACCUUACACCUAUUUGCCCGUCUUGGUGAAGAAUUCUGAUCAAAUGGUUGUGCCAUUAGGCUACAGAUCUGAAGUGUCCUAUCCCCAAAGAUGCUGCUUGACCUGCUGAUUAUUCCUAGUACUUUCAGCAUCCAGAAUUCCUCUCGUAAAAAAAAUCCACCGAUCCUAGUCUUGACGUUUUUUUCAAUUGGUGCCAAGCCUUAUCAGCUUUCGGAGGGGAGAGGGGAGACAGAGUUCCAAAUUUCCAUUCCCCUUUGUGUGAAGAAGCUAAAUGGCCUGCGCUUUGAGCCCAUGGCCCUUUGAUUUAUAUCUCCACCCUCCCCCCCCCACCCCCAAAACCCCCACCCCCAAA